CCCAACAUGUCUGUGUAGAGCUAGCAGCGAGAGCGGCGCGCGGAGCUGAACAUUAGUCUACAUGGCGGGUUUAAGAUGAUAGGAGCUUCCUGCACGGCUGCACUGUUGGCGAGGAAGAAGGAGGAGGAUGAUGAUGAUGAUGUGAUUGCAGCAGCGGCGGAGCGCGAGAGCUGAGCAGGCGGCCGAGCCGUCGCGCAUCUGUUCACACUCGUGGGUCGAGGACGAGGAGCAGGAGCAGGAGGAGGAGGAGGAGGAGGAAGAUGGCUACCAUGAGGCUGCUGACGGCGUCCGGUCUGUUUUUGGCCUUCUGCGCGCUCGCGCUGCUGGUCGUGGCCAUCGGCACGGACUACUGGUACGAGACGGACGCGCGCAGGCACCGCGAGCGUUGCAAGAAAUACGCCAGCAAGAGGACGGACCCGGGAUACAUCUACAUCUCCAACCAGAACCUGCCUCUGCGCAUGCUGCCGAGGGGGGGCGGCGGCGGAGGGGGCAGCCCGUUGUCGGGCGGCCAGCGCGCUCUUCUCCGGGCCAAACGGGAAUUCCUUCCCCCCGCCUCGGCCGUGGAGUCCCGCUGCAGCCGGAGAUACAACUCCACGGCCACUGGGCUGUGGAGGAAGUGCCACAGGGAGGGCUUCGACCAGGAGAACGAGGAUCUCAUCUUUAAAGGUUUGCUUCAGCGCUGCACUCCAGUGAAAUAUUACUACUCCUCAUCCAAUAUUCCACGCAGUCUCCCAGUGAACAUUACAAAGACAAUACGGCAGGACGAGUGGCAUGCUCUGCAUUUGCAGAGGAUGACCGCAGGGUUCAUAGGCAUGGCCGUGUCCAUCAUCCUGUUCGGCUGGAUCAUUGGUGUGUUGGGCUGCUGUAAGCACAAUGAGCUGAUGCAGUAUGUAGCUGGCCUGCUCUUUCUAAUGGGCGGGACCUGCUGUAUCAUCUCUCUGUGCACAUGCGUGGCUGGUAUAAACUUCGAGCUGUCGCGGUACCCUCGGUACCUGUAUGGUCUGCCGGAGGACAUCAGUCAUGGUUACGGCUGGUCCAUGUUCAGCGCCUGGGCCGGCCUGGGCCUCACACUGCUGGCCGGCUUCCUCUGCACGCUGGCCCCUUCUCUGCACAGCCCACAGACCACCACUGUACACAAACCCCGGCAGGAGAACGGCAUGGUGUGACAGACUUAAAGGGAUAAAACGUACUGAACAUACAUGCACAGACAAUUACAUAAA